AUGCAGAGAUUAGGAGUAAACAAGAUUGGAGAAGAAUGGGUCAACAAUUGCUUAUUUGGGGGAAUGGUGACAGGACCAAUUAAACACAAUAAGUACCGCAUUCAGAUAGAAAGUUUAAGUGGUCAUCAUCGAGAGUCGCUGGAGGUGUUGGAUCGUGAUGACAUAUGCGGUCUCAUCGCACGUGUUUCGAGUGGACCAUGGAUCAAAGAGUUAGCAAAUCAAGGCGUGCAUUUGACCGACUUCACUUCCGAAAGUCCAGAAAUUGAGAUCCUGAUAGGAAGUGAUUAUUAUGGAAAAUUGAUGACCGGCAGAGUGGUGCAGUUGAAGAGCGGACCAAUUUCUACAUUUGGAUGGUCAUUAGGAGGAAAAGUACCAAAAGAUGACAUUGGUAUGACAGUUACCUCACUAUUUUUGGCAUCGAUGGACGAGUCUAAGCUGUGGGAUCUUGACGUAAUCGGAAUUACGGACCCCGCUGAACAUCUUAAUAAGGAAAAUCAAGACAAGGAAGUGAAGGAGCAUUUUUUGCAGUCAGUUUGUCGUGAAGGAGACGGGCGUUACCGUGUAUCUCUUCCGUGGAUGGAUGGACGACCAAACAUUCCGUGCAAUAAAAAUAUUGCAGAAAGAAGACUUGUCUCUGCGACCGAGAAGAUUAUCCGUUCUGGAUAUUACGACAAGUAUGACGAGGUGUUCGAGUCGUGGCGGAAAGAAGGUAUUAUUGAAGAAAUUGCUGAUGAUGAUGAAGUAUUCUCCCACUACUUACCACACCGUGCAGUAAUUAAACCGGACAGCAUUACAACACCAAUCCGCCCCGUAUUUGAUGCGAGUUGCAAGACCAAACGUACUCCAUCCCUCAACGAGAGUUUGGAAAAAGGUCCGAAUUUAUUGGAGCAAAUUCCGGACGUGCUGUUACGGUUUCGACGUGGACAAAUUGGUGUGACGUCGGACAUCCGAAAAGCAUUUCUGCAGAUCAAAGUGACACCGGAAGAUACAAACUAUCUUCGUUUUCUAUGGUGGGAGGACUGGAGUAAAAAGAAAUUGAGAAUAUUUCGUCAUCUUUGUGUCGUUUUUGGAGUAAACUGCAGUCCGUACCUUCUGGGAGCAGUGAUCGAACAUCACUUGAAAUCCGUCAACACAGUGGAGAAAGACGUGGCUGAACAAUUGUGGAAAUCCCUGUACGUGGACAACUGUGUCAGUACCGAUUCUUCCAAGAGUGAGUUGAAGCACUUUAAAUCUGUUGCUACAAAAAUUAUGGAAGACGCCAAGAUGGAUUUACGUAUGUGGGAGUGGAGUCAUCAGGACAAUUCUAUCACUUCAGUAUUGGGGAUGAAGUGGAACAAGGCGGAUGACACUUUAGGAUAUCAAGUUGAAGAUUGUGCACUACAACAACAAUAUACGAAGAGAGAAGUCCUGUCGUGUGCACAGAAAUUUUUCUACCCAUUAGGAUAUCUGUGUCCUGCUCUCAUCGUCCCCAAGAUUAUUCUUCAGGAAGCGUGGAAGAAUAAGAUUUCUUGGGAUCAAAAUUUGGAUGAAAAUCUAAUUGCCAAAUUUACUAUGUGGAUACGUGAGGUGCCAUCAUUUCAAGAAAUAUGGAUAAAAAGAAACGCUUUUGGAGACGGAGGAGGAAAUAUGCAAAUGCAUACGUUUGUGGAUGCCAGCAAGUCGGCGUAUGCUGCUGCUGUAUUUUUAAGAGUGGAAAAUGAUGGAGAAGUCGACCUUCAUCUUCUUCAAGCACGGUCAAGAGUUGCCCCCAUUAAACAAGUAUCCAUUCCGAGGUUGGAACUCCUAGCGUGUACUAUUGGAGCAAGAUUGACAACGUUGGUGAAGAAAGUCUUGUCAAUGGAGGAAGGGAAAACUUUCUUUUGGUCGGAUUCAUCUACAGCACUAGCAUGGAUAAGGGGAGAUGACAUGGGGGAAGUUUGUGGGAAAUCGUGUACGCGAGAUCUUGACCCUGAGCAAGGAAGAAGAGUGGCGUCACAUCCCGGGGACACUCAACCCAGCCGAUCUACCUUCUCGUGGAUGCAGCCCUGCCCAGUUACGAGAUUCGCGAUGGUGGGAGGGUCCACACUGGUUGAAACUGGAUGA